AGGAACCAAUGGGAAGAGUGGUGUUUCCUGAGCAAACUGUGACUUAAAAAAAAUGUGGAGGGGUGGAGGUCAACAGCGCCACAGAAGAAGUGGAGCUUAGAAAUGUCGCUCAGCAGAUUUAAAAAGAAGUUCUGUACUUAAAUCAGCCGAGUGAAAAUACUAUGACUUUCCUGUUGUUGCCAGUUCUGAUAUGAACAGAAAAACCAAGAACAGGGCUAUGUGUGGAUUACAGUUUUCUCUGCCUUGCCUACGACUGUUUCUACUUGUUACCUGUUAUCUUGUAUUACUAUUCCAUAAAGAGAUACUUGGAUGUUCGUCUGUGUGCCAGCUCUGCACUGGGAGACAAAUUAACUGCCGUAAUUUAGGCCUUUCAAGUAUUCCCAAGAAUUUUCCUGAAAGUACAGUUUUUCUCUAUCUGACUGGAAAUAAUAUAUCACAUAUAAGUGAAAGUGAAUUUAAAGGACUUUAUUCUCUUGUAGCACUGUAUUUGGAUAAUUCUAGAAUUGUGUAUGUAUACCCAAAAGCCUUUGUUGAAUUGAAGCAUCUGUAUUUCCUAUAUCUAAAUGAUAAUUUUAUAAAACGCUUGGAUCCUGGAAUGUUUGAGGGCCUUUCAAAUCUUCGUAAUUUAUAUUUACAGUCUAAUCAACUAUCUUUUGUUCCAAGAGGAGUAUUUAAUGAUCUAGUUUCAGUUCAGUACUUAAAUCUACAAAGGAAUCGCCUCACUGUCCUUGGGAGUGGUACCUUUGUUGGUAUGAUUGCUCUUCGAAUACUUGAUUUAUCAAACAAUAAAAUUUUGAGGAUAUCAGACUCAGGCUUUCAACAUCUUGAAAACCUUGAUUGUUUGUAUCUAGAAGGUAAUAACUUAACAAAAGUACCAUCUAAUGCUUUUGGAGUACUUAGGAGUCUUAAAAGACUUUCUUUGUCUCAUAACCAUAUUGAAGCAAUACAGCCAUUUGCAUUUAAAGGACUUGUCAACCUGGAGUAUCUCCUCCUGAAAAAUGGAAGAAUUAAAAAUGUUACUAGGGAUGGAUUUAGUGGAGUUAAUAAUCUUAAACAUUUAAUCUUAAGUCAUAAUGAUUUAGAAAAUUUAAAUUCUGACACAUUUAGUUUGUUAAAGAACUUAAUAUACCUUCAGCUAGAUAGAAACAGAAUAAUCAGCAUUGAUAAUGAUACAUUUGAAAACAUGGGAGCGUCUUUGAAGAUCCUUAACUUGUCAUUUAAUAAUCUUACAGACUUACACCCAAACGUCCUUAUGCCAUUGUCUUCAUUGACGCAUCUUCAGGCAAAUUCUAAUCCUUGGGAAUGUAACUGCAAACUGCUGAGCCUUCGUGACUGGCUAGUGUCUUCAGCCAUUACUCUAAACAUCUAUUGUCAGAAUCCCCCAUCUAUGCGUGGCAGACCAUUGCAUUAUAUUAAGUGGACUGACUUUACAAAUUGUGCUGCAUCUUCGACAAAUGUAUCCAGAACUUGGGCUGUAAAAUCUCUUCAUAUUCAUCACAAGACCACUGCAUUAAUGAUGGCCUGGCAUAAAGUAACCACAAAUGAGAAACAUUUGGAAAAUACUGAGACUGAAAGCGUUACUUUUGGGGAACAAAUUCAUACUUCACCUGCCAGUAGAUUGUUUCAAGAGAAUACCUUUGGUAACCUGUUAGAAACUACUGCAGUAACACCCGUGCAAAUAGAGCUUACUUCUUCUGUUAACUUGAACUUGGAAAAAAAUAGUGCUCUACCAAGUGAUGCUGCAUCAGUGUCAGGAAAAACGUCUCUAAUUUGUGCGCAAGAAGUUGAAAAGUUGAAUGAGGCUUUCGACAUUUUGCUAGCCUUUUUCAUCUUAGCUUGUGUUUUGAUCAUUUUUCUGAUCUACAAGAUUGUUCAGUUUAAGCAGAAAUUAAAGGCACCAGGAAACUCAGGGGAAAAUAGACUUGAAUACUACAGCUUUUAUCAGUCAGCGAGGUAUAAUGUAACAGCCUCAAUUUGUAACACUUCCCCAAAUUCUUUAGAAAGCCCUGGUUUGGAGCAAACUCGACUUCAUAAACAAAUUGUUCCAGAAGGUGAGGCACAGGUCAUUAUCUUUGAACAUUCUGCUUUAUAAUUCAAUUCAACUAAAUAUUGGCUAUAAGAAAACUUCAGUGCAAUGGACAUAAAAUGGGAGCCUCCUUAUAGAACUAAACACUUUAUUUGUAAAUAUAGUGAAUUAUAUGAUCUUAUCAUUAUUAAAAUAUAUGUUUUUAAUAAUU